GGGGUCAGCUGGGCCUGGCCGACAGCAGUGGCAUUGGAGCGAUCAGCUACCAGUUUACAGUCUCUGACAUAUCACCGCGCCUCGUCUCCGCAAUGGGAGGAUCCACCGUGCGGAUCACGGGUCAGGGGCUAGCCGCCGACUGCCAGAGACUGGACAUCACGGCCGGGGACGCCUUCGUCUGCGAGCCGGUCACCUGUACCGACACGGAGAUCAUGUGCCUCGUCAACAGACGCCGGCGCCGCCACGUGAUUCGCAACAAUGCAACACACCCGCGUUACGGCCCUGGCUACCUGUGGCAGCCGCAGCACCUGACCGUGUGGCCCGGUGACCUGGUCACCUGGCGCUGGGCGCCGGGCCAGGUCAGCUCCGACCAGGUGGGCUUCUCGGUGCACCAGACGGUCGACCAGCACUCGGACGCGUACGACGGAGCCGGCUUCAACAGCGGCGACAAGACGCCGCAAGGAUCAUUCACCACCAUGCUGGAGGAUAUCGGCACCGUCUUCUACUCUGGCGAGUCGGUCGGAACCAACACAGUGCGCAUGCGCGGGGUCAUCCACGUGGUGGCGCCGCCGGCUGGCAGCGGUGUCCUGUCCGUCCGGGUGGGCUCCGUGGAGGCGGAGUCGACACCAACCGACGGGGAUAUGCCGGCGUUCGUCCCCUCCGAGGUGUGCUCCGAGGACCCGGCACCGGCCGCCUGCCCGGCGUCGCCGGCACCUCUCGUGCUCACGGCGGCAGACUGCGUCACCGCCCGGGUCACCGGGGUCAGCGUCGCCUCUGGCGACGACAGUGCUGGACACAUGGUGGAAGCCGGCUCCGAGCUAACCAUCUCUGGGGCCGGCUUCUCCGAGACCGCCUGCCACAACCGGGUCACGCUGGGCUCCGGCGCCUGCCAGGUCACCUCGGCGUCGGCCAGGGCGCGGCAGUGA